AUGCUGCAAGAAAAACAAAAGCUGCCGGUCAAGCAGCUGUUUAUCCUCUCAAUAUGUCGAUUCGCAGAACCGAUCGUGUUCACAUCAGUGCUUCCAUACCUUCCUGAAAUGGUGGAAAGCGUUGGCGUGCGCAAAAACGAAAUCGCAAAAUGGGUCGGCAUAUCCUCCGCCGUUCUGGCCAUCUGCCAGUGCGUCAUGGCCGUACCAUGGGGCGCCCUGUCUGAUCGCGUGGGACGGAAAUAUACUAUCUUGAUGGGACUGACGUUUACAAUGCUCUUCUCGCUCAUGUUCGGCUUUUCAAAAUCUCUCGUCACUUUGCUCAUUGCGCGCGCGUUUUUGGGUCUGAUGAAUGGCAAUGUCGGUAUUAUACGGACCAUGGUGGCAGAAAUGAUUUCCGACAAGGCCCUGCAGCCGCGCGCUUUUAGUAUUAUGCCCUUGGUGUGGACUAUUGGCAGUAUUUUCGGUCCGGCCUUUGGUGGCGCCCUGGCGAAUCCGGCUGUCAGACAUCCUGAAAUCUUUGGCGACUGGGAGAUCUUUAGAAAGUAUCCAUACGCCUUGCCAAAUAUACUGGCUUCCUUGUUUUUUAUCGUCGGUAUAACAACCGGCGUUUUAUUCCUCGAUGAAACACUGGCAUCCCGAAAGGACAAUGUCGACUACGGCCGAGUCCUCGGCCAAUACCUGACAGGCUUCUGCACAGGACGCAGGAGACAGCCACGCCGCGAUCUUGACGAGGCAGUAGACGAAACAACCAGACUCCUCCCGGAUCGCGACGACCUCGAGAACCCAGUGAAAAAGACCCAGAAACCAAAGCCGCCAAAGAAAGUCAGUUUCAAGCAGGUCUUGACACCGCAGUCGAUCCUUAUUUUGGCGGCAUAUACUAUGAUGGCGCUGCAUAGUAUGGCGUUUGAUUCUCUGUUUCCCGUGUUUUUGCAUCAUCCAACGCAGGAAAUUGUCAACAAUCCGGAUGUGCACCUUCCAUUUAAAUUUGCCGGUGGAUUUGGAUAUGACGCACAAACCACUGGAUUCUUAUACACCCUCAUCGGAAUCAUCGGCAUGUUCGUCCAAUUCCUCAUCUUCCCCGUCGCUGCUCGCCGAUACGGCGUCCUAUACUGCUACAAAGUAGUCGCCAGCCUGUUCCCCAUCAUCUACGCCAUCACCCCAUUCACCGUACUCGUACCCGAGAGGAUACGCAUGGCCACCGUGUUUGUGCUCAUGGUCAGCAAACUGAUCCUCGUCAUCUUCUGUUUCCCAUGCUGCACCAUCCUUCUCACAAACUCGGCGGCCAGUCUCGAGGUUCUAGGUACGUUGAACGGGGUUGGUGUCAGUGUGAGUGCGGUGGGACGUGCCGCUGGGCCCGCGCUGGUUGGGCAGGCUUUUACGGUUGGUGUGAAACAUGGCUAUGGUAUCGUGCCCUGGUGGAUUUUGAUGGUGCUGACGGUUUUGGGCGCUGUGCCUGUGUUUCAUAUUAUUGAGACGGAUGGGUUUGCUGGGAAUCAACCCGUUGAUGAUGAUGAUGAUGAUGAUGAGCAAAGCGAGGAAGAACACUAA